AUAUGUGACUCCUGUGAAAGGGUCUUUUGAUCCCCCAAGGAGUUGUGACCCACAGAUUGAGAACCACUGCUUUAGUGGUAUGGUUUUAAUGAACACCAAGUUGAGCUACUUACUGAUCUUCUGUCUUGUCAUAAGAACCCAUCUUUAUCAUCACAGCUGUUUCAUAGCAACCUUCACUGAUGUAAACAGACAGUAAACUCCUUUGUUCUGCAGGGUAAAUAGAGCAGCCUAGAAUCAAACAGCAUCAUUGUUCAUCCUCACACCCAGCAACAUCCAUCCUGCUUCCCUUGGGAAAGAGAGAACCUGGAACAAGACAGGAGCUGCCUCUGCUGUAGCCUCACUUGCUCCUUUGGAAGGCCUGUGGGUUUGAAUUCAUUAGGCAGAAGGGACAAGAAUGCCCCUGUGAAGAUGCCCCUGGCAAGCCUAGUCCGACAUCAGUAGUCCAAGUCUUUUUUCCUGCCUGUGGCCUCACUGAGAACAAGGACUGCACUUCUGGGCACACGUGUGCGUGUGUCUGUUCUGCUGACCGCUGUGCAUCAGAAUCUCCCAACGCUAAAGGUUCUUCCGGGCUGGAGGAUCUGUCCGUCUGGAGUGCCUGCCGGUAAAACGCCUGCUGAGACAUGAAGACUGGGACCACUGUUUUUAUCCUUGGGAGCCUGGCAUCGAUCCUCCGCCUGCCUUUGGUGUUGACGUCCCCUAAAACACUGGCCAUCCCCGAGAGGAUCCAGCAAGCUGUGGGGAGAGUCAUUGUCAAUGCCACAACGUGCACCGUUACAUGUGGCCUUGGCUACAAGGAAGAGACCGUCUGUGAGGUGGGUCCUGAUGGGGUGAGGAGGAAAUGCGAGUCCCAGCGUCUGGAGUGUCUGACCAACUGGAUCUGUGGGAUGCUUCAUUUCACUAUUGUCCACGGGGAGGAGUUUGAGCUGAGCUGUCUCAGCGCUGACAUCCUGGAGGUGGGGCGGGAAGCUUUCCGCUUCACCUGGAAGCUUGCUCGGGGCAUCAUCUCGACUAACGAUGAGGUUUUUAAACCCUUCCGAGCCAACUCUCACUUUCUGCGCUUUAAACCCGCCUAUGAGUAUGACUCUGGGACAUACCGAUGUGAUGUGCAGCUGCUGAAGAACUUGAAGUUUGUCAAGAGGCUCUAUUUUGGGCUGAGGGUCCUUCCUCCGAACUUGGUAAACCUGAAUUUCCUUCAGUCCCUUACCGAGGACCAGAAGUUAGUAGAUGAGGGCUGGGAGGUUAAUCUAGACAACCACUCGAAGCCUCACCUCCCAAAGUGGCAAAAGAAGGUGGCAUCAGCCGUGGGCAUAGGGAUCGCUGCUGGAGUGGUCGGUGGCGUGCUGGUGAGCAUUGCUAUCCGCAUUGUGCUGAGGGAGAUUGAGGGUAACGGCAGCCUUAGCAGCUUAUAAUGGAACCCCUACUCCUGGAAGGCUGCCUGCCCAGGAGGCCGAGCUCGCUCGUGCGUGAGUGUCCUGUCCCUCUGUUAGUGGGGUGGUAAGAGGGGGCUCUCGAGCGAGCCGAAGGUUGGCUCGGAGGCUUGGAGGAUGCUCAGGGAGUGGUAUCCAUCCCUGUGGUUUUCUCAUCCUGGGUGCUCAGGAGGCUUUGCUUCUGUUCCCAGGGAAGUUCUGUCUUCCCAGCUUGCUUUUCUUUCCACGCUUCACCGCGUGUGUACCACCCCCUCCCCUCCACCUCUCCAGACAGUGUGUGGACCAGAAUGUACUAUUAGCAGUUCAGGCGGAAGCUUUUUAUUUUUGUUCAAUAAAAAUAAUUCACAGUAA